AUGGCAUCAACAGCUCAUCGAUAUUCUGGCUUCUUGACCCUGUUGAUGAGCGUUGUCGGCGUCGAUAUGCAGCUCUGCAUACUCCACCACCGCGUGCAGGCACAGACCAUGUCAAACGAAGUCCAGACACUGUACGAGUUCCUGGGCAGCGAUAACCCGGCGUCGUCAAAGACUGCUGAGGCUGUCGAGCUGGACUUGUGGCGGGCGUGGGAUCGGCACGUGGCUGGGGCGCGAAAGGAAGAGAAAAAGGGUGGCAGGAAGAUACACGAGUUGGACGAGGAGAGAUCUCUGUUUCUUGCCGUCGUGGACGUGCUGAUGACGCGAAAGGAGAUGCGAAAGUACUACGACAAGGUGAUCCUGUUGCCUCUGACGAGCGCGGUAGAUCGAGAGCCCGUGCUGAGGAGUCUCUGCGGGAAGCACUGGCUGGCGAUGCAGUGA